AUAUGGACGGGAGCCGAACCCUUUGCUAUCCCAACUUAGAGGAGGCACCUGAUGUGGAUCAUGAGCACUUGCCUGCAAGGGACAGAGAUCACGGGUUGGACCCUUUCCACAAGGUUACUCAGCUGAAAAACAAUGCAAGAGUUAUAUGCAGAGAAGUCAGCGGUUACACGCACCUUGAAAGGGUGUACCCAGUGCCCGCGCCCCCGAAACUGCCCAAGUCGAACAAACGAGUGAAGUGGAUGGCUGAGUGCAUUGGCUACGAACCUCUGCUGUCCUACUGCUUUACUUACAAUGUAUCGGACGUCGAUUCCAAGUGUGAGAAUCUGCUGGGUAUCAAAUGUGGACACUGCUCGAAGAAAUUCAAACUGAAAACUGGGGAAAGCGUAACUAUCACCAACCCAGAAUAUCCGCAUUACAGCGACGACGUCAUAUGUGAGUGGCACUUCGAGAUGGCUGUUCCCUCCGUCAUAGAAGUGGAUUUCAGUGAGUUCACAUUACCUCCGCGCAAUGAGAAAGGAUACUGCCACCGAGGGUCUCUGGACAUCAGCGGAAUCACUGAGGGCUCUGGAGACAAAAAAGAGGUCAAGACUCUCCAGACGAUGUGUGGCAGUGCCCUCCCUGACCCCAUAACCUUCAGUGCCAAAGGUGCUCUUAUUAGGUUCUACUCUGGUUUGUUUAUCCCAAGACCUAUUAGUGAACAGGCUGGGUUCAAUCUGACAGUUACUGCGAUAAGGGCUGUUCCUGCCAGUCCUACAGUGGUCAAAGUUGAUGCAAGUAUGAACUUGGGUGAAAUCCUCGCCAUUUUCUUUGCUUGUUCAUUGAUCGUGUUUGUUGCUGCCUUUGUUUGCUAUCUAGUCAGACGUUACUUGAAAGAGCAACGACGUACAAUGCGCCGCCACGUCAUGGAGGAACGACUUGCCACGCAGAGACGAGGAAGGCAGGAAGUGGCACUGACAACCAUGUUAGCAUCAAGGCUGCAGAAUGUUGGCACAUGCGCUCAUCAAAUGCAUCAGUGUCCUCCAACUCCUAGGGACGACCCCAAGGACUUUCCCAGUUGGAGGAGCCAAGAUGUUUCUAAGAGGGAAGUGGCCUUUCGUACGACGAGCACCAAGCAACGUGGGCAUCACAUUUAUCACGCGUGCCCUCCUGCCAUGCCCACAAAAGCGCCCCCACCACCUCCUGUAAUGCAGAAUCAACGGAUGGGUAACAGCCCUCGUCGGCAGACGUUUAGUCCCGAGAGUUGUGACGAACCCGAUUACAUGGAACCGGAAAUGAUGCACAAAUCUCUCCUUUAUUUACAUCCAGAUAAUCUGGACAACAACAGAAUCAACAGAAGCAGGAGCUGCAGCAACAACAAAAUCACCAACAACGGAGGGAUACAAAAUGCUCUCACUCGACCGAGACUGUCCAGCCACGCAAGUGCCACUCCGGCCCUUCGGACAUCCCAGAACCAGGGUCAUUCUCAAGGAACCCCCACCAACAACCUGGGCAUCAGCAUAAAACGCCCCAACAGACUGCCGAAGGUGUCUCUCAGCGCCCACAACGUGACCUCUUGCGACCUCAACCUGUGGCCGAGCACGUCUUCUCUCGCCCCUUCCAACAAGACAGUCCCCCUGACGCCUUCAGAAGAAGAGAAGACGACGAUGCACUGCAAUUUCCCACUGAAAUCCUGGAAUACGUCGUCCACAAUCGAUAGCUUUUCGUUCCAGAGUGGCACACUCUCGCCCUUUCCAGGGCGCACUCCAGACAUUUGCCAGUCCAGGCUGAGUCAGUUGUCCAUGUGCGUCCUGUCUAAUUUGACGCAGUCACAGCGGUCGAUCUCGACCUCCAGCGACAACGAAAACAGGUGCUGGGACCAGUCGCGGAGUCUGACUCGGGAUAAGAGCUUGCUUUUGGGACACGCUUCCUGUGCCAAUUAUUACCCGUGCAAGUCUCCGGACCCUGGCGAUUUGUCGUUCGACAGCAGUGACAGCGUUUUUGUGACAGCGGGCGAGAGCAACUGCAAUAUAGGACCUUACAAACAAGGAGCCCAGCCCAAAUGCCUCUGUCAGUCUCAGGGUCACCUGUCAAAGUCUUGUGGCGACGUCUCACCUGGUGUGUCCUCUCCAAAGCAUGAUCCAAUGCUGGAAGACCUCAACCAGUCGUUACCGGGCGAUCAGUCAUCUGUCGCAGACAUCGUGAAGCCGCCUUUCCUGAGACGAGUAUCCCAGAUGUUCUUAGGCUCCGGGUCUCUCCACACUCCCGGGCUGAACGUGAGCAGGACACCAACUCCCAAGGUGGCGAAGAAUCAGUCCUCUAGCCAUUUGCAAGAGCCAAAGAUUGCAGAUAUGAAUCUGGACUCCAGAGGGACUGCCCAUCGUAGGUUUGGCAACAGGACCACGAGCGAGUCCUGUCAGAGGAAGGUGGCCCUGACCACAUCACCUCGCAAGCAGCCUUCUUCCUCCGUCUCCUCGGCUUCUUUUAUGCAUUACAAGUACAAUCGGCUGGAGAAAAUAUCCAAUGCAGACUUGGAUGCUCUCCUGCCUGCGUCUAAAUCCCGCGAGAAUUCGUACGAGAACAGCAGUCCUACAGUCGAGCCUAUUUGACUGAAAGUUUUUCUUUUACCCCAUGGUAAAUUUCCUCCAUCAAAAUUAUUUUCAGAUUUAUGUUUCGAAGUUGAGACUUCGAAGUUUGUUGAAAUUUGUUGACAAGUUGUUUUAUGGAAAGGGAUGUAUUUAAGAAUGUUAUGAGAAAUUUA